AUGUCAAGAAUUCCAUCCAGUUUUGAUGGUAAAGAACAAGAAUUAGAAGUAGACUUUAUUGAAAAAUGUAUUAAGAAUUGUAAAGAACAACCCCUAGUGCCAUUAGGUACUUUGGCCACAUGUAUAGCUGUUGGGUUAGCUGCUCAUUCAGUGCGUAUUGGUAAUAGAAAAGGUGCUCAAAAAUGGUUUAGAUAUAGAGUUGGAUUUCAAGGUUUCACUAUAGCUGCUCUAGUUGUGGGUGGCUUUAUUUAUGGUAAAGAUAAUGUAGAAAAGAAGAAGACAAGAGAAGAACAACUACAUGAAAAGGCUAAGUUAAGAGAAAAAUUAUGGAUUGAAGAAUUAGAACGUCGUGAUCUAGAAACUAAACAAAGAAAGAAAAGAGCUGAAUGGGCUAGACAAAAAGCUAAAGAAUUGGAAGAACAAGAGAAA